AUGGCCGCGAGUGCGUACCUCGGCAACGUUGCCGAGAUGCUGUUCGCCAACAACUAUGAGGUGAGUUCUGAGAUAAUGACGAAAAGCGCAUCACUUUGUUGCUUUAGACAAACUGGUUCGCCGCCUUCUGCUUCCCAUGUGCACAUUUUACUUAUUGGAUCGAUUUGGUCGCUCCACCAACGAGGCUCUUUUUCAAGCCUUCGAAGAUAAUUGUGAACCGAGUUCACAUCUUCGUUCUCAUCCUUUUCUUUCUUCUCACCGCUUUCAAAAUGACCCCCUUUGCGGUAAGUUUUGUGCUAUUCUAAAACAUUCGAAAGAAACGGAUUCAGACCCGUGCCAACUGGAUUUGUCUUCUGUACUCUUUCAUUCUUUGCGUCGAAUCUUCCGUGGCUACUUCGACAAAACAGUUCGACAGGGACAAUUUCACGAGCAGCGAAGAGGCGGAGCAUUGUGGAACUGUACACUGCUGAAAAAUUAGUUAUCAAUUUUUUGCGACAGAUUGGUUAUUUUGGCUUGUUUGCGCAUCUUAUACUCGGAGAGGAUCGCGAUUUUCAGGCACACUUUCGUUGUUUCGUUGUUUCACUGAACAAUGACAAUAUUCCCCUAAUAAAUGUACUUCCAAGUUGUGUUCUCGUGCCCGUUUCAGGAAAAAUGGGGAAAAUAUUCUUUUCCAAUAUGAGCGGAAGACAAAGAGAUAGAGAGAGGAGAGAGAUCAAAUAUUUUUCCAAAAGAUUUUCAUAGUUUAACAGCGGACUAUGUGAGGUAGAUCAAAAAGUGACAGUUGCAAUAUUUUGGCCGUUAUCUUGUUAGUUGCAUUUUCAAAAACUAAAUUUUAAACAAAUGUGGAAUUAUUUAGAACAACGCUACCCCGAUCUACUCACAGUACAGUCCAACUGCAAAGUGAGUACCGUCAGUCACCUUCUGAUGCAUCCAAUUUAUUGUAGAACAUUCUCGGAUUCUCUGAUGCUGCUCUCCUGCUCGCCAUCAACCGCGCGUCCUCGAUAUUUUUCGAGUGUUUCAGCAACAAGGAGGACAUGAGCCUAUUGACGUACACUAUUUUUGCAUUUUCAUAAACGUUUUUUAUUAGUGGACGGAACUGCUCUUCUUUGUGACCAUUCUCACUUUGUUUAUCUGUUUUAAAAUGAGAUGCUCGAGAAGAAAAGGCCCAUAGUGCAUGCGAAUGUGGGGACAUUUGCAAAAAUAUCAUUCGGCCGCUACAUUUUCAGGUCUAAUUAGAAACAAAGCGAGGAAAUUUUCUUCAGGUUAUCUUAAUCGGAAAUUUUCAGCAGAUACGCUUCGAAUGGCCUCGGAGCUCUCAUAUCGAGCGUCGUCAUCGUGUUCAGUCACCUAGUCAUCAUCUACCGUUUCAAGGCUGUAAGUAAAGCGAGUUUUCACGAAUAAUUUUUUCUUGUAGUUACACUUUUUGUACAUGGAAGCCCACUUGAACAAGGUCCGAAUUCAGCUGCUGACGAAGAAAACUGUGCAGCCUAUGCGAAAUAUUUUCAAUUUUCUCGUCAAGACUGGAAAUCAGUUAUUGAGAUCAGGAGGCCGGGCUUUCCAGUUGAAAAAAUACGAAGAAGAACUGAAGAAAGCUCUUCAAGAUUUCGUCAGACGAAACCAUGAAUUGGACGCAAUGGAAGCGAUCGAGCGGUUCUUCGAUGAGUAUCAGCAAGCCCGGAAUUUCUUCACCAUCUACGACGACCAGCCUCCGCAUUACGAGUGA